AAGAUUCAUAAGCUAAGUACUUAACGAUAGAGUAAAGGAGACAAAUAGCGCCUGCCCGCAAGGGCUGUAGGUCUAGGUUUGUGAGCUGGGAGGACCAAGUAGUAGUCCUCCAAGAGCUCAGUGAUAAGAUGGCGGCGACAAGCUUCCCUGGGCCAGUGUCUGUUGAUAGGGCAAUAGUGCAGCCACUAUAUCAAGGGGGGUAGAGGGUAAGCACUUUGCUCAUAAACAUCGCUGUCCAUGGUCGUUCGGCGCCGGAGGUUGGUUACGGUUUUGGGGGAGGGGGCUGGGUGUCUGCCGAUUCAGAAGGAAUGGGCUCACAGACACUACAGAUUCUUCGCCAGGGAGUCUGGGCUUCCAUCACUGGAGGCUGGUAUUACGAUCCCCACCAGAACACCUUUGUUAACGCUUUUCAUCUUUACAUUUGGCUCUUUCUGUUGUGUUUUCCUUUCACGCUCUAUAUGGCCUUACCAUCUGACAUGGUAGUAGUAGGAGUCUACUGUGCUGUCAUAGCAGUUGUCUUUAUCAGUUUGAAAACUGUGAAUUAUCGAUUACAUCGAGCACUAGAUGAAGGUGAGAUUGUAGAGCGGAGUCGGAGUGAACUGGCAGAGAGAGGAGCAAAAGCAGAGGAAGCAGACGACUCGGCAAAAAGAGAAGAUAGCAAUGGACCAGGAGAUCCAGGAGGAGGGAUAGAGAUGACUGAAUUUAUCCGGGAAGCCACUCCCCCUGUAGGCUGCAGCUCAAGGAACUCUUAUGCUGGUCUUGACCCAAGCAACCAGGUUGCGUCAUCCUUUGGAGUGGCAGCAGAUGGAAAAGUGGAUACAGAAAAUGGAAAAACUUCAGACGAUAUCAGUUUGAGUCUGGGUCAGAGCUGCAGUCUGUACAAGGAGGGAAGUGAGGAGCAAGACUUGGCCACUGAUGCAAAGGUUUUCCAUCUGGCUUCGCAUGAUUCCUUCAUUUCUAUCCAGCCUUCAACAUCUUCUGGUGGUCAGGAUGUGCAGAAAAAUUCUGUUGAAAAACACUGCCCAUCCACUAGUCAUCAUCAUCAUGUGGACCAGUCUAUAUCUGCAGCAGGUGACACUGAAGCCGCCUCUCUUGUACCAUUACAUUCACAGUCAUAUAGGAAAGAACACAGGCCGCGUGGUGUACCACGGACGUCUAGCUCUGCUUUGGCAUUUCCAGACCCUUCUCUCAGUGACUACACACUCUAUCAGCAGAGGCGAGGGUUGGAUCCUGUUUCAGAACUAGAAACUUCCAAGCCUGUUGCAGGGUCCAAAGAAUCCUUAGUGGAGAACUCGCGUUACUCUGGAGUUUUUCAGCUUGAUGAUAUUCUCAGACGUAGCAGCUCCCAGGUGACAGCAAGGAGUGGCUCAAGAAAGCCUUUAAAAACAGACAAAAGUGUGGAUAGCCUUCAAAGCCUUAGCACAAGGAGUAGUGGCUCUACAGAAAGCUACUGCAGUGGGACUGACCGAGAUACCAAUAGUACUAUAAGCAGCUACAAAAGUGAGCAGACAAGCUCAACACAUGUUGAAAGUAUAUUGUCUGAACAUGAGGAGUUGGCAGGAGAUGACAAAAAUGAUAAGAACAGUGAUUUUUGUAAUGACCUUGAUGGCGAUAGUAGCUCAGCUGCUGAACAGAGGACUGUAAGUGAAAGGACAGCUGUAGAACAUAGUGUGGAAAAUAGUAUGAGUGAGGCUAAGGACCUUAGUUCAGCAUCAGACCAAGGGUGCAUUCAGAGAGGACUCAGCACUUCUGCAUCAGGCGAAGCAAACAAGAAUCCUCAUGCCAAUGAGUUGAUCAUAGAACAAGAUUCGUCAAAAGGUGAUGCUACUGAGAAUAUAGAAGAGAGUAGUGAAAAGGUGGAAACUACUGAAGCCGUGAACAGUCAAGAAGCUGGAGGGACUGAAAAUGAUGGAGAUGUUCGGCCAAAGUCAACCAGCUUAAUCCAUCGAACUGCCUCAAUUCACAAGUCAAACAGGAGGCGGACAGGGAAAAAGCGUGCAAGUAGUUUUGAUUCAAGCCGACAUAGGGAGUAUGUGUCUUUUCGGGGUGUCAAUGUUGCCAAACCCCAUAGUGCUGUUUUUUGUGCCGAUGAGGACUCAAGUGAUCAGAGUGACUUGAGCAGGACCUCAAGUGUGCAGUCAGCCCAUUUGUUCAGCACUGAUAGCUCUUCCAGCACCACCUCCUACUCCUUUCAGUCCCCUGAGGGUAGGUACCAGGUCUUGAAAACAAAGUACUUGUCAAAGGACAGGAGCUCAGAGCCUGAGAACAACCGUAAGGCUCACUCUAGUUCUGGAGGAAGUGGUAGAAGGAGGACAGCACGUAGAGCUCCUAGCACUAAUAGUUCUACCAAAACUCAUACUAGGGUACGGAGCUUGGAUAGUGGCACAGCUGCUUGCCUGAAUGACCCAAAUAAGUUAGCAGCUCCUGAAAGCAUUAGACCACUCACCACAUCUAAGUCAGACCUGGAGGCCAAAGAGGGGGAGGUGAUAGAUGAGCUGUCUCUUCUGGGUAGAGCCUCCCAGUUAGAGUCAGUGACACGCUCAAGAAAUAGUUUACCAAGCCAGGUUACUUUUCCAGAAGGAGCUGAACAAGAAGAGAACAGUGGAGCUGUGCAAGAGAAUGAGGAACCUGUGACAUUCCGUCGGGAGCGCAGCACAUUUAGGCGUCAAGCUGUGCGACGCCGCCACAAUGCAGGGAAUAACCCAACCCCUCCAGCCUCUCUCAUUGGAUCACCACUCAGCCUUCAAGAUGGUCAGCAAGGACAACAGUGUGCAUCCCAGUGCAAAGUCCAAUCCCGACCCCCUUCCGAAGCUGCCAUGCUUAGCACUAGUGCCUCUGUGCUAGUGAGAAAUGGAAGUAUUCACCUAGAAGCUUCCCAUGACAGCGUGUCUGCAGUAGGCGGAAUCAGUUUACAGGACGAGUUUGGCAAAUGCACUCCAACUUUCUAUGAGACCGGAGGCUGUGAUAUGUCAAUGGUGAACUUUGAACCUGCUGCCAGGAGGAGAUCAAACAACAUCUGUGACACUGACUCUCAUGUUUCCAGUUCUACCUCAGUCCGAUUCUACACACAUGAUUUGAUACGGUUAAACAGAUUACUAACCAUUGAUCCAGAUCUCUUAGAACACCAAGACAUAGACUUGAGCCCUGACUUGCAGGAUCACAUGCAUUCACAAGAGGAAGCUGCUCACAAAAUUAAGCACUACUACCGUUUCUGGCUGCUGCCCAAUCUUCUCUGGAUAGGAAUUAACUUCGACCGGCUCACCCUUCUUGCACUGUUUGACAGGAAUCGUCAGAUCCUGGAAAAUGUGUUGUCUGUGGUGCUAGCUAUUGUGGUUGCCUUCCUGGGUUCUAUCUUGUUAAUCAAGGGCUUCUUCAAAGAUAUAUGGGUUUUUCUGUUCUCCCUAGUCAUAGCUAGUUGUCACUAUUCACUACUUAAGGUAUUUCAGCCAGCUCAUUACACUCCAAAAAAUGGGCACAAUCGUAUCAUAGCCUAUAGCAGGCCUACUUAUUUCUGUCUUUGUUGUCUCCUCAUUUGGAUACUGGACUAUGGCUGCAAGACUACUACUGCACCAAAAUUUCGACUGUAUGGUGUUGCUUUCACCAGUCCAAUGUUGCUUGCUUCAGCCAGGGAUCUCAUUACAGUGUUUACACUAUGUUUCCCAGCAGUGUUUUUCAUUGGUCUUCUCCCACAAGUGAAUACUUUCAUGAUGUACAUCUGUGAGCAGCUUGACAUUCACGUGUUUGGUGGAAAUGCAACUACAAGCUUGGCAUCUGCGCUAUACAGUUUUUUACGCAGUGUUGUGGCUGUGGCUCUCUUGUAUGGUCUGUGUUACAGUGCCCUAAAGGAGUCUUGGGAUGCAAAACACAUUCCUGUUCUGUUCUCCAUCUUCUGUGGUCUUUUGGUAGCAGUCUCGUAUCACCUAAGCAGACAAAGCAGUGACCCUUCUGUACUUAUUUCACUAGUGUAUUCCAAGAUCUUUCCAAACAUAGAUGAAAAAAAUCCUGAAGAUCCAUUGUCAGAAGUGAAAGAUCCUUUGCCAGAUAAACUAAAAAAGUCUGUUAGUGAACGACUGCAAUCAGACCUAAUAGUUUGUGUAGCUGUUGCUGUGCUGUAUUUUGCUAUCCAUGUAAGCACCGUGUUCAUUGCCUUGCAGCCUGUCUUGAGUUAUGUGCUCUAUACAGUGGUGGGUAUCGUUGGACUUGUGACACACUACUUAUUGCCUCAGCUCCGGAAACAACUCCCGUGGCAUUGUUUUUCUCAGCCAAUCUGCAAAAGCCAUGAGUAUUAUCAUUUUGAAGUUCGAAAUGCAGCUCAAGUGAUGCUUUAUGAAAAGAUGCACGUCUGGUUUCUUUUUGCAGAGAAAAAUGUUCUUUAUCCACUAAUAGUUCUCAAUGAGCUCAGCAGCAGUGCCAAAGCCAUAGCCAGUCCAAAGAAGCUUGACACAGAGUUUGGUGCUCUUUUGAUCACCAUUGCUGGAAUGAAGCUGCUACGUUCUUCCUUUAGUAGUCCAACCUACCAGUAUGCCACAGUCAUCUUUACAGUACUCUUCUUCAGCAUUGACUAUGAGGCCUUCUCUGAGACACGACUGCUUGAUCUAUACUUCAUGUCUAUAAUCUUUAGCAAGCUCUGGGAACUGUUUCAUAAGCUUCGCUUCAUCUACACAUACAUUGCCCCAUGGCAGAUUACUUGGGGGUCUGCUUUCCAUGCCUUUGCCCAGCCUUUUGCUGUGCCACAUUCAGCUAUGCUGUUUGUUCAAGCAGUGGUGUCUGCGAUUUUCUCAACUCCCUUAAACCCUUUUCUGGGUAGUGCAAUAUUUUUCACAUCUUAUGUGCGUCCUGUCAAAUUCUGGGAGCGAGACUACAACACUAAGCGAGUAGACAACUCAAAUACAAGACUGGCAUCUCAGCUUGAUAGGAACCCAGGUACAUACUGUCAACAGAGAGAAGUUGAGGCAAUAACAGAAGGUGUGGAGGAGGAUGAGGGAUGUUGCUGCUGUGAAGCAGGUCAUAUACCUCAUGUACUCUCAUUUAAUGCUGCCUUUGGUCAACGAUGGUUAGCUUGGGAAGUAUUGGUCACGAAGUAUGUCAUUGAAGGCUACAGUAUCACAGACAACAGUGCGGCUUCCAUGUUGCAAGUCUUUGACCUCAGGAAAAUUCUUACAACAUACUAUGUAAAAAGUAUAAUCUAUUAUGUGACAUCAUCUGCAAAACUGGAGGAGUGGUUAGCCAAUGAGUCAAUGCAGGAGGGCCUCCGACCUUGUACAGAUCGUAAUUAUGUAGAUGUAGACCCCACAUUUAAUCCUAGUAUUGAUGAAGACUAUGACCAUCGCUUAGCAGGCAUCUCCAGAGACAGUUUCUGUGAGAGUUAUCUAAGCUGGAUCCAGUAUUGUUCUUCCAGAAGAGAGAAGCCUUUGGAAUCCAGCAAAGACUCUCGUCUGGUUACUCUCUGUUAUGGACUGUGUGUAUUGGGGAGAAGAGCACUGGGGACUGCUUCUCACCACAUGUCCAGUAAUUUAGAGUCCUUUCUCUAUGGUCUGCAUGCCCUCUUUAAGGGUGACUACCGCAUCUCCUCCAUCAGAGAUGAGUGGAUAUUUGCUGACAUGGAACUGCUAAGAAAGAUAGUAGUUCCUGGAAUACGCAUGUCACUCAAAUUGCACCAGGAUCAUUUCACAUCUCCUGAUGAAUAUGAUGACCCCAGUGUUUUGUAUGAAGCCAUAACCUCCCAUGAACAGAACCUUGUAAUUGCACAUGAAGGGGACCCUGCUUGGAGAAAUGCUGUCCUCUCCAAUUCUCCAUCUCUGCUUGCACUUCGCCAUGUAAUGGAUGAUGGCACCAAUGAAUACAAAAUUAUAAUGCUGAAUAAGCGUUACCUCAGCUUCCGUGUGAUAAAGGUGAACAAGGAAUGUGUUCGUGGUCUGUGGGCUGGCCAGCAACAAGAGUUGGUUUUCUUACGAAAUCGCAAUCCAGAGAGGGGUAGCAUACAAAAUGCCAAGCAGGCUUUAAGAAACAUGAUCAAUUCAUCGUGUGACCAGCCUAUAGGCUACCCUAUUUAUGUUUCACCCCUCACCACCUCAUACUGUGAUACACAUGAACAACUUAGAGACAUCUUGGGUGGACCAAUCAGCCUGGCAAACAUUCGUAACUUCAUUGUGUCCACCUGGCACAGGUUGAGGAAAGGCUGUGGUGCUGGCUGCAACAGUGGUGGAAAUAUAGAAGAUUCUGAUGCAGGAGGCGGAAACUCUUCAGCCAGUAAUAAUGCAGCUAGUACAGAAUCUCAGAGUAGCAUCUCCCGUGGUGGGUCUGUAGCGCUAGGACAGGGACUUGGAUCAGGUCUUCCCCCUUCUUUGACAUCCCAACCCCCAACACUGGGUACUAGUCACAGCUCUCAUUCGGUGCAGUCUAGUCUAGUACGACAUUCCCCUGCACGGGCCUCAGUAGCCAGCCAAUCAUCCUACCGUUACAGCAGCCGCCAUUCCUCCCUCCGCACAUCAGCAACUGGACUUGCACCCUGCCGACGCUCCUCGACCAGUCAGAUAUCUCUCCGGAACCUGCCUACUUCUAUUCAGUCACGUUUGUCAAUGAUGAACCAGAUGGACUCCCCAAGCCAGCUGGGUAACUUGAGCAUCCAGCAAGGACUUCCUUCUUCCAGCACUUCUAGCCAGAGUAUCCCUGCUUACAAACGUCAUACUCUUGUGAGUCUUUUGGGAACAGAGGGCAUACACAAUGCUGGCGAGUCACAGCCUGGCAACAGCGCAGUACCAGCCAUUUAUACACCAGCUAAAAAAGAGGAAGUGCUGUACAGAGUACAGAUAGUAGACCCUAGUUACGUGUUAGAUGGUAUCAACCUGUCGAAAAGGAAGGAGCUUCAGUGGCCUGAUGAAGGGGUCCGACUAAAAGCUGGGAAGAACAGCUGGAAAGACUGGAAUCCUCAGGAAGGCAUGGAAGGCCAUGUAAUUCACCGUUGGGUGCCUUGCAGCAGAGACCCAGGUUGUCGGUCGCACAUAGACAAGACCAUACUGCUGGUGCAAAUUGAAGACAAGUAUGUACCAGUGGUGGAACUAGGGGUCAUGGAGCUUGGAGCUGAAGUGUGACUUUUCCCAUUGAUGCCACAAGAUGGACCAUAGAAGAAGAGAACUGAAGUGAGAUUAUGCCAGCCUGUUUACAGUGGAGAACAGUCCAGUAGUGAGAGGGGAUGAAUAUGAAUACAGAGAUGGCAAAUGCCCCAUUUUCUACAAGGCAUGAGAAAAGACUAAAGGGGUUAUUUUUGUAUUGUUAACAGUUAUCCUUUUGAGCAGUUCAUUCCAGUUAAGUUCUGGAGCAAGCCACACUGUCUUCAAGAAGGCUGAACUUCAGGCAGAAAAUAUCAGAGAUGAAAAUGAUUUCUAUGCAUCUCAUCUGCUUUAAAAAAAAAAAAGAGAGUAAUUCUUCCAUUCAGAUGAUUCUCUGCUACCUUGUUUCACAUUUUAAUUUGUUUGCCAAAAAAAGAAACAUUUUCACAAUCUCUUGCAGUGCAUAUGGAAAACAGUGACAUUGGAUAUUAAUUAACUGGUCAUUGGAUCAUUACACAGGAACAGAUAUUUCUUUAGGAAAAGGCAACCAAUAUGGGGAAGUUGCUUGUGUUGUACCGCUUUUCUUUGAUAAAAAAAAUUAAAAAUAAGAACUGCACUAUUUUUUACAGCAAUGCACUAAAAUCUGAGAUUUCUCAGAAAAUCUGUUAUUUACAUAUACAUAGAUAAAAGAACAAAUGCCAUUAUUUAAAAUGCCUUUGGGAUAAAAACAUGCAAUUGUUUAUGUUAUGAUACUGUGUUACUUUUUUAUUUUCCCCUUUUUAAUUGUCUAUUGUGACUUGAAUUUCUUUUGAACUCCAUAUAAGUCUGUCUUUCUAUAUGCAUUAUACAUCUGUGCACACAGGUAUGCAUGUGUGUGUUUAUAUGUCAUACACACAGAUAAGCAGAUAUACUAUAUAUACACAUAUGUACACAAUGUAUAUAAUGUAUGUAAUUAUAUUUUGAGUAUUUAUGGUGACUGUGGAGGUCAUUUAUUUUGUGCUGCAUAAUUAUUUUUUAUUUUGAUUGUAGGGGAAAGAGAAGAAGUAGGUGAAAGACUUGAUUGGUCCUGUAUGACUUUUUGAUAAGAAUAUGGUUGCAUACUGAGAAGCCGUUUCCCCUUGUUGAAUUGGUUGAAAAAAAUCCAUAAUAAGCAGUUUGACAUUUAAUUUAUAGCUUUUUGGAUAGAUCUGUUGUAUAUGGUCAGUGUUUUACCUGUAUUGAUUUUAAUGUGGUCUGAUUUGAUUUGGGGGUAUGAUUGUAUCUGUGUGUGGUUAGGGGAGGCAAGCCUUUCUCUUGAAAGCCUGUUAAGACUGUGUUUCACAUGCUUUGUUCAAUCAGUUACAUCUGCCUCAUUACAGUUCUUAGUAUUUUAGUAAUAUACAGUGGUAUCUGAAAGUUGGCUCAAAGUAAAACAGAUAAAAUUGUGUUUAUUGUACUCUUGAUGUAAUAUAUUUCUGUUCAGCUAAAGAACAUUGGUUCAGAAGACCAUCUGUAACAGCAAAAUGUCCAGUUUUUAAGUAGUUAUGUUAGUUCUAUCAAGUUACCUCAUGUUUCUGCAUUGGAGGACAUUUUGACAAUGGCUGAUUAAAGCAGCCUGCAGAAUGUGUGCUGCUUCCCUUCUGGACAAAGGGAAAGGGAAACGUGGCACAGGAGGGAAGGCAAACAUUGCAGCGCUUAUAACUGGAGACGGAAGAGUAGUAUAUGUUUGUAACUAGUGCAUCAUAACAAUGCAGCAGUGCUGCAUAUGUGCAUUUUUUUGGGGAAGGGGGAGUAGUGGUAAGAAUACCCCAACUGGUGGAAUGAAUGUAGUCAGUGUGUUUUGAUUCAGUCACCAACAACAGGACAGGCAGCAGGUGUUAAAGAAAUCAGUGAAUAGUUUCCUACAAACAUCACAUCAUUGUGCAUGAUACAGUGAAUAUAAAAAGGAGGAUCAGAUGCAUCUGAGCAUUUAAACUGUAUGGUUUUAUUAACUUUAUCUUUCAAACUUCCUGGAUAAAAAAAUAUGCAAGAGUAUGCUUUUUAUUAGCUUUAUUUUAUGUGUAAUCCUACUCUUGCACCCCUUCCCUCACACACACACACACACACACACACACACACACACACACACACACACGGUCAUUGUUCUGUCUUUCCUUUGUCUUGCUGCAGUAAUCUGUCAGUGGUAGCAUUAUCUGGUAGGAUGGGAUUAUGCAAAGCCACAUUCUCUUUGUAGUACCAUUGCACUAAAAUGGAGCAUCCUGUAGUGUGGGUGAUCCCACUUGACAGUAAAGCUCAUUUAGGAUAGCAUGGUAUCUGUUUCGUUUCUGUUUUUACCUGUGUACCUAUCCACUGUUGACCAUGAUCACAUGGAGUGUUACAGCUUCUGUAUCAAACUGCAGCUAAGUCAGUUGGUGCCAUGACCAGUACUCCUCCAGCCAAUGUUAAGGACCAAAACAAAGGUCCUCCAGAGUUGAGGACCAAAAACACUGGCAUAUUUAAGCAGUCACCAUUGCAGUCGCAGCUGCUUAAAUGAUUACCAGUUGUGCUUGCAACCUUGCAAGGAACAAUCACCAGCUCUUGCAAAUUGCCAUUCAGAGCCCUCAACAGCAAUUGCUCCACUGAUUGAAUGGCUGCUUAAAUGAUCACAAAGACGUCCUACUGAUCGUACCACCUAACUGCUUUGUUCUGGUUCAGCUGUCCCCUUCUCCCCACCCCUGCUGUGGCGUUGGUACUAGUGUCUUUGUUUCACUUUGUCUCUUUGGAUUUAGUAAUCCUUUCUUUUUACCUUCUUUUUAUGUUAGUUUUACCUGUUUUGCUUUGUAUAGCAAAAAGCUGGAUGUACAGUAUUUUUGGUUUUGCAUGGAUAUAUGUAGCAUGGGCUUCUGUACAGUUCUGUUUGGCUACUUCUAGAAAAUUGUGUGUCUGAAUUACUAAGUGUGAAACAUCGUUCUUAAGAUGAAUUUGUUAAGAGAUAUUUUUUUAAAUUGGUAAAACCCCAAACUACUACAAUUUUAAGCUGCAGAAAGUUACUGAACAAAUAUUUCUAAAGACUAAUAAAUGACAGUAAGAAAAUGAACAAACCACAGAAAAUUCCUACAUAAACAUAGUGUGUGCCCAAUCUGUUACUGCAGUUUGGAUUGGAGGGUUCUGUUGUUUUCUGGGCAGAAGUGUGCAGUGUGUUUAAUUUUCAACAAGAAGCAGUUUACGUCCAUAUAAAUUUCACUGUUUUAUACCCUCAUAAGUCACAGAGGUGUGACAUAAGUGUAUAUGUUUGAAGAGUUAAGUGCUAAGCUUCACUACUAAAAUGGAGUUGUGUAAAGCAGGCUGUUUUAUUUCAAUAUUUGUUUCAUUCAAAUAAAGUACUGAACAUGAAGUCAUUUGUUAUUAAAAAGUAUCAGUUUAAUGCACAGACCUUGCUAGGGCUUGUGAGCAGAUCUGUAUGCCCUAGCUUAUAGAAAGUGUCAGGUAACCAGGGUUGCCAGAUUCCUGAAAUGACAUGUAGGGACAGCCAGCCAAGCGACCAAAAAGAAAAUAAAAAGAUUGUCUUUCUAUCACAGACCCACUUCUAUUCACUGUGGAAGUGGCUGCAUGAUAGAAAGACCACACUGAAUAAAAGAGGUAUACAAGCCAAUUGGAAAUCGCAAAGCAGAGCCACUUAUGUUCAGUGCAGAACAGUGGGUUCAAAUGAGAUUUUUAGAGCCAAUGCGGGACUUGGAUUUAGGUCUGCUGAACUUGGGACAGUCCCACUCAACUAGGGACGUUUGGCAACCUUGCAGGUAACCCACUUCUGAGUUUGAGUAAUUGUCUUAGGCAUAUGGGAGUUUGAUGUCCUUACUUAUGAAAGUGCCUCUACAUCAGAGUGUACUUAAGUCUUGUUACAGCAUUGGUGUAAAUUGCUUUGAUUUGGCUUCUCAGUUGAAUGGAUAAUAAGAGUUCAGAUAAGAUUAUAAGAACACAAGAGAGGUGGCUCAUAAAUGCCUAAUACUGCAUUUAAAUUGAACAUACUUCUAAAUUUUGGCAGGGAAUCUCUAUACAGUGAUAGGACUGGAAUGCAUUUCCCACUUGUUUGUGUAUGCUGCAUUUGUGGAAAAGCUGUCUUGCAGUAUGUACCAAGUCUGUGUAUGGUCAGGGCAUUAACAGUCCUGUCCAAGAAAAGAUGGAAGGUGCAUUCAGAAGAAUGCUAGUAUCAUUCUGUGUUUCUUACAUCAAGUACUAUGAGAGUGAGGAUUAUCACUGACUUUUUUUAGCAGAAGUGUAGUAUGGUUUUGGGAUGUUUUAUGUAGAAGAAAUGUGGUACAUUCAGACUGAUACAGAGCAUUGCUUUAGUUUAACAUCUGUGCUACCAUCAAGGUCAUAGCUUAGAAAUGGUAAUCCAAAGGUCAUUUGAUGAGGGUCCAGUGAAGUGCUGCUCUUUGCUAUCAUGAGAGUACCAUCACACUUGGUGUCUGUCAUCUGUCAACCAUGUUAUGUGGUUGGGUGGAAGAGAGCCCAAGACCAUAAGAUAAUCAUACAGGAUGUCAUGCAGCAGAUUCAUGAUACCUUUACUUGUUUAGUACUUACAGGGUGCAAAAAUAAACUGUGAAUCCAUCUUGUUAGGCUGUUGAUGCUUCUGUUUUCUUCCACAGUAUUCUCUACCCAUCCUUUCCUAGUCAGAAGAAAGUAUGAGCACCGUGUUUUGUAGAAUAUUUAGCUUCUACCUGAGUAGCUAGACAGUGUAGGUUAUUUUUUGUCAUAUGUGGCCAUUAAUGCUUGGUACUACAAGUAGAAUGUUUUAUAAUGGAUAAAUACUACAGUAUGCCAAGGGGGAGACUAAGUUAAAAAAAUAAAUAAUUUGAAAGAUAUACAAGGGAGGUAAGAACAGAACUGAGUAAUGGCGGAAGAGACUGACAAUAUAGUCUGUACUUAAAACAAAGGAGAUUAGAGUUCAACCUUUGUUGGCCCCUAAUUGGAAGUCUUGGGAUACAUAGAAUGAGAAAGGUAGUUAUAUUUUAGUAUUGCUGUACAUCAUUAAAAUUAAGAGAACCAAGGAAUAGCUAUGCAUUUUAGACAGUUACCCUAAAAGAAUACGUCAUGAAUAAACUAGAUAUCCCCUUUAGUGGUGGCAAGAAUGCUAUUGUCUCCUGUACUCUUAAAAAUAGUGUUAUGGUGAUAAUGUUUAUUAGAAUGCAAAGAUUUGUAAUGCUUGCUUAGACUUUAAAUGUGUAUAUGUCUCCUUUUUGGGAUAUGAAUAAUGCAAUGCAAACAAAAAAAUUCUGCAAAGGUUUCAUUGUGUUUCUUAUACUGUUAGUUGCAUUUAACUUGAGUGUAUUUGGACACAAGGUUUUUUGUUUUUAGAUGGGGUUGAAAUAACCCUGUUGGUCCAUUCUGGAAAGGAAUUUUAGUUUGGGAGCUGGCUUUGUUGAGCAAUACCUCAGACUAAUGUUAAUGACCAUAUUGCCAUAAAAGCAUGUGAAGUAGAUUACAUACAUCUUUAUUUCUUUUUAAGUACAUGGUGGUACUUGUUUGACACAGAUCUGUUCCAUUCACAUGUGACUUUCUAUGCAUUAUUCCUUCACAACAGACAGAAAAAUCUGAAGAGAGAUUAAUCGUUUAUAUGUAAGGGUUAUUCCAAUAUUGCUUAUACCUUUGUGGUGUCUUUUAGGAAAACCAGUCUCUCAGUUUACAGUACUUAUACUUCUAAAGAGAACGUAAUGAUGUGCAUAAGGCUGUAGAACUUAUCACUUUACCAGCAUUUUUCUUCUGCUGAACAUAUUUCAGAAAACUCUCUUAAGGAAGUUAAAGAUUGGAAACAUUAAUUAGGAUCUUAUUUUUGGAAUGGGGGACGUAGAAAGUUAAGCACAGAUAGUUCCAUACGUUUGCCACCAGGUGCAGUUGUUGCUGCAGCCUGCAGAUUCCACUGCUUUCGUCAAAAUGUUAUGCUAGACUGCAGUGUAGUAGAAGGUUUAAAGUCUGUAGAAUCCUUUCUAUUUCUACGUGAAUGACUAGGGUAAGCAAAGCAGAGCACAGGGUAGAAUAUCAUGCCAAUAAAAUAUAGCCAGUUUUACUAUUUUAUGUUUUUCUCUCCACUAAGUCAGAAUCUUACUUUGUGAGUUUUACAGCAGAUAAUGAUUUUGAGAGGACUAUGUGAACACCCAUCUAUUCGCUACUUUAGCAAAUGACUGUACAGAUCCACCAUCUGUUGUAGAUAGAUGUCUUGGUGCAAUACAUAAAGAAGGUAGUUCUCUGUCACUGCUUUAGUACUUUACCCACCAUCAAGCUGUUGUGGUUUUAGUUUGCCUUUUCUAGUGGCAUCUAAGAGUUUCUUUUUUCUUUCUGUGUUUGAUAUUUAAGUUAGUAAAGAAUGGAAAGCAAUGUCAGAGGGGUGCUGGAGUGGUGUGUUUGCCAGUCCUAAAGGCAAGACCCUUCUUAACAGGUACCUGUCUUGUUUUGAAGAGUUGCCAUCAUUUCAAGGCAUUUGCGCACUAUAUUCCUUUCUGCCACUAAAUGAGAUGAUUAUAGAUGCAUUCCUCCUCCAGAAGGUAUUUGAGAUCCUUCUUGUUCAUCAGGCCUUUCUAAAGUUUCAUGGGAAAGCUCCUAGGUUAUGCACUAUCCCCAACUUGCCAUGUUAAUCUUGAAUCCUUUGUCUUUUGUCCCUUACUAGGAAAGAGAUAUCUGUCCUCUGACAAUGAGAUGAGGCUUAAAGGAGGACUUGGCACUAAUGAUUACCAUUUGUUUCUUAACCAGCUUUCUGAAGUAUAUACUUGAACUACCACUACUGCCUUCCAGGAUAUUAAGGGCUGCCUGGUAGUUGCUAGACAAUCUCGUGUAAGACAACCACCCAUCACAAGUAGAAAAUAAUAUGAUCUUUGCUACGUUUGAAGACCUGUCCCUCAGGUAAUGCCUCUAGCAUCAGUGCUUGAGUAUCUAGUGUUUCUGAUUUAGGGCUGAGUUAUUAGUUCAAGUGCACAUUAGCCCUUCUUGGGAGGACAGCAUUUGUUCUUUUACAGAGUGAGAGAAAGUUCCUCAAAUGAGCCCUUCUCAGGUGUACCCCUAAUAGGGAUUCAGUCCUCUGAGCUUUUAAUGUUGUAAUGGAAAAGAUGGCUGUACCUUCACUUGAGCCAGUAGUACCUGCCAAGUUCAGAUUUUUUUUUUCUUUCUUCAAAGAACACAUGUUUAUGGCCAUUCCAUCUCUGGAAUCUUGUGUGAGCAAGUCUGUAUUCCAUAAGGAAAGAAUAUAUUUUGAGAGUGGUCGCUGAAUUUAUAGUGACCCCAGCCCACUCGCCUUCCAUAUUUUACCCCUAGAAAACAAAGGGGAAAGAAACUUGUAUAUUGUUGACACACGAGCAUGUGCAGUCUCAGCAGAUUCAAGUUUUUUUGUGGAAAACUAACCAUUUUUAGUCUUCAUCUCUAUGAGGAAGAAGGCUAGCCCUUAUCUAGACCAAGCUUGACUUUGAGUACAUACCACAUUCUUUUCUUUCAUACCAAACAACCAUAUAAAGCAUUCAUGAAAAGCAAUUUAUUAUUAUGUGCAAGGCAGAGAUAUUAGAAGGCUAGCAAGCAGAUGGCUUGAAUAUUUAGUAGUAUUCAGUAGUGAAUGCCAGAAACAACCUUCUUUGCAGGAAGCAAAGCACUUUACCUAGCAUAUACACUCUCCAAGCAUAAAUAUAUUUUAUUUCUAUUUUUUUUUUUUUUUUUUUUUUGCUUAUGUGUACCAGUUUUGUCCAACUGAGUUUGUCAAAAAAAAUAACUUUCAGGGGAGGCCUAGACACUUUCUGCACUUUUAACACAGUGGAAUCUCUCCCUUGCAUAUUCCCAUAGCUAGAAACAUCCCAUCUCAUAGAACAGGCCCAUGUAGAUACUGACCAUCUUGCACAAUGAGUCUAUAAGCAUACCUGCAUACAUAUGCUGUCUCAUAGCCUGGGUCCCCCUAGAUGGACUAAUGAAAGUAUUCAGUUGUCCACUAAAUUCCCUUACUAUUGGCUUUUUCUCUCUGUUACACUUUUUUAUUUCCAUUUUUUACCUUGGGAUCUUAUCUUUCCACCUGCCUCUUUCUCUAUGUAUUGAUCCUUCUUCCACAGUCAUUGGUAGUCAGACCCAAGCCAAAUCCUUCAUUGAAUAGUUUUCUCCGUUAGGGAGUAAUAUCCUUUUGAUGACUUGAUUCAGUGCAUUGUAUAGCAGUGGGGGAGAUGCACCCAGGAGUACUGGCAGUCGUCAUGCUUUGGGUGCUGUUGCUCUGUAAAUUAACAUAGGGUUUCACAGCACAUGAAACAGUACUAGCACAUUACGCUGUUGCUUAGUUGACCCCUCCUUGGUAUAUUCAUGAAUUCCUUACCGUUUCCAUCAACAGUACUAAUACUUGCCCACCCAACAAGGAAAUAUAGCUAAUAUCUAUCCACUAUGCCCUUUCUUGUGUAGCCAUCCUACCAGUUUCCUGGGCUACUAGUUCUGUUCAGGAUGCACACAGUGCAUGUGGAUACCUUGGCCUUGUACUGAAAGGAUGCCUGUAACAGUUUUCAUGUCUGUGCUUCAUUUCAUGGUUAAAUCUUUAGUGUUCCCCCUCCACAAGUCACUUUUUGCUUCCCAUUUUGGGAGUACCUGUUCUGCAAGCAUUUUUGUAAUUGAAGUUUCCUUUUUCCUCAGUUGCUGAAUGCUGUUACCAAAAUGUGGCCAGAAGUGAGAGGGUAUAGUAUGGCAAGCUGUGGUGCAGGGAUAGUUUCUUCCCUGUUUCAGAAACCCCUCUAUUAUUGUAGGGUUUGUUACGGUCUCCUAGAAGAGAGAAAGUGCUGCACAAGUCCUCAUAAGUAAGCAAUUUUAAAUGUAUAAGUUCUUAGCAUAUGAAUAUGUUCUUGCUAAAGGCAUUCUCCCUCUAAUCUUCCUACCAUUGUAUAGUACACCGUGAGCUUCUUGAGGGCCUUCCAGGAAUAGUUGUUCCUCUCUUUCCCUCAGUAGAGCUAUUAGGCCGGGAGGACUUGGAAGGUAAAGUAACCCUCCUUUACAGGUGACACCAACAUAGGGAUGUAGUCCCCCAAAUAUAUUGAAGCAGAUAAACUGCCAACAAAUUCAAUAGUUUAUCUCCUGUAUAUUUAUAUCAUUUUAUUUGUUUAUAAGCAUAGAACAUGGAUCAAAUUUGACCAUUUGCAAGCACAGCCCAGGUUACGUGUAUAGUAACAACAGUGAAGCCAGAUUAAAGGUUUAACUAAAUUUUACAGUAUAGUGACAACAUAGAUGCUGAAAGUACACAUAUUUACAAGAAGUAGCGUCAGGAGUAUGCACUGCAUAAUACAGGUGUUGCAUAUGAGGUAAGUGUGGUCCAGCUAAAAGAACAGACAUAGUAAAUACAUUUAUGGAUAGAAGUUUUAGCAGUCAAGGGAGAAGAAAUUGUAGAAUACUAGGAGCUGAAAUAGAAAAGCUGUUUCUGCAUUCAGCCUCUCUCAAAUUUGAAACAUGUUGUUUUUAGAAAUUUAGCAGCAUAGUUAUAUAAUGAAAUAUGCUGAUGUGGUUUUAAGUAUUUCUAAGAACUUUUCACUCUUUCUGCAGCUCAUAAUAAUUUGCACUUUACUGUUUAUAUUUCUAAUUGGAGUACGGUUUGUAAGUAUCACUGUUUUGCACUUUGUUCUCUACCAGUGCUCUUUUGAAUGCUCUAUUUUGAGUAAGAAUGCCAAAGUAGGGACUUGUAAUGUAGACUUUUUAUUUUUUCCUAUCAUUUUAUUUUUAUUCUAAAAAAAGAAGGAAAAUGUACAUAAUUUGAAUCUUUCAGGCUUGCACACAUGAUUUGAUCAGAUUCCCUUCCCCAUUCAAAAAUUGCCUGUGUGUCUGUCUGUCUGUUUCUCGCAGAUAAUUAAUUUAGGGGCACUUUUACUGAAAAUUUGAAGAGAAAACCUGUUUUGAUGUUUCAUAAUUUUAGUUACUGCAAAGUUAUCAGUACUGUCUAGCUCAUGUAUAUUUUUGAGAAGGCAGUGUGUAUAUACAUGUGCGCACAAGUACAUAUGUGUGUAUAUAUGUUUGUCCAAAUAAAAACAAUCUGUAAAUAUUGUAUUUGACAUUUUAAAUGAGGAAUAAAAGCCUAUUUUUUCUUUUUUCUUUUUUUUUUUUUUUUUGCAAUAUGUUGCAUCUGAAACAGUAUUGGCAGUGGAGAUCCACUGAGAAAUAAAAUGAUUUUGUAUUUAA